AUGGCACACAUAACACACGUUCCUGAAGAAGUACUGAUCAUGAUUUUCAAGAUGCUGGAUUUAUCGGAUCAUCAUAACUUGUUUAAUACUUGCCAGUAUUUUAGACAUGUACUUGCUAACUCCGGGAUUUCAAAAUUUAGUAUGUUCAUGAAUAAAAUGGCAACUGUGAAUAUACUGAAGACACAGUACUUCAAAUCAAUAUCAGUAAACCUGUUGGAGCUCAACAUGAAAGCUGUUCCUGACUUAAAGUCAGUGAAAUUGGUUUUACCAGCUCUUAAACGAUUAAAACGCCUAAAGACAUUAGAUAUUUCAUAUACAAAUCUAAAUAUUCCUGACCUACAAGAAAUAGUCAAAGUAUGUCCCAGUUUAAAGAAUAUAGUGGUUAACUUUGUGUUCGGUAGAUCUCCUAUUAUUCGGAUUGAUGAAAACAUGUUGAAGGACUAUCAGGAAUUAUUCAAUCAGUUUGAAAAUAUUCAUUUUGUAGGAUCUUUGACUAAUUUACUAUUAUCUCGGACAGUUGUUUAUAUGUUGGAGAAAGCAAAGUUAGAAACAUUAAAACUGAGUGCCGCUGAGUAUGAUCAUAUGAACACAUCACUUGUAGAAAGAUUUACACCCUGUGUUGCACCAAGCUUUGAUCAUUUGGCACUUUUCUUAGUAGAUUGGAGAGCUAAAAGAACAUAUGACUUCCUCUCAAAUUUUCCUAUUAUAGCAGCUCUAAAUUGGAAAGACUAUGAAUUUUGUGUGAUAUCCAUAAUGCAUGUUCAUAAUAUGACUGUUUGUGCUUCACCAAAAUUAUGUCCAUUUUUCACAAAACAUUUUAAUGUAAAUGUGGAAUCCAUGACAGAUCAUACUAGAAAUCUUGUAGGAAAUAUUGCCUUAAUGAUGUGGAAAAGAGAAACAACACAGUUUGAUGAUAUAUUUUUUAAUAGAUUGUAUGAAAGAGUUAAGCCAUAUUUCCCUUUUUAUUAUAAGGAAACAAGUCAAGAUAUUUGUCCACCUAAUUAUGACUGGGUCUUUACAGAGCCAACCCCAUGUCUUAUUGAUAUGGGAGAACCUUCUUCAAAGGAGAGCAAGAGAAGGAAAACGUUAGUGCCCACUGUAGUACUAGAUUAUGAUCAUGUGUUUUUACAGAAAUCUAAGGCCCAAAUUAAUAUAACUUUUAAAUUUGAAACAGUAUCUGCCAUAUUAUUGCCAACAUAUGCUGACUAUUUUCAAAAAAUAACAUUCUUCAGUAUAUCAGGUGGAGCUGUAAAUUAUCAUUCUGAAUUCUUUUCAAUAUUGUUUCAGAAUUUCUAUAAUUUAGUUACUUUGUCAGUGGAGUGCCCUAAUAUGACAUCACGCGGUUAUAGCCAUAAUGUUUGUCGUGCUAUUAAAGCUAGUAAAUCAUUAAAAAAUUUACGUAUUGUAGAUAAGGGAGUAGAUUUCCAGAAGCUAUUUGAUUCGCUUGGUGAGUGUAGUACUUUAGAAAAUAUUAAUUUAGUCGAUCUGAAACAAUGGGAUCACACUAAAACUGCGGAUCCAGACAACUUAGUAAGAUCAUGUACUAACUUAUACAGUGUUUUUAUAGAAGCACUAUAUGAUCAAACAUCUCUAAAAAAACAGAUUCAAUUGUUUAAUAAAGCAAAGUCAACAAGAAGGAGGCCUCAACUUAAGGUUGCGGUUAACUUUGAGGCCAAUCCUUUCCCAUUUAAGUACAAUUAUGAUCCAUUUCUGGAUGUGUUUCAAUUAAAUCCAAUAAAACCAACAUAA